CCCUUGUGUAUUCCGCGAGUCCGACUGUACGGAGAUUAUCUGGUGCCCUAAUCUUGCAGUUGCAGAGGUGAUGGAUCAGUGGAAGCCGGAGGGUUUCUGUCAAUCUAUUCAAACAGAUAUCACCGUCAGCGAUUUACAACAUUCCUCUCUAGAUCUUUGUAUGCCCUCUAAUGGAUUGCAUAACUCGCAGCCCGAUUCAAGCCAAAGGGCUGAAGUAGAAGUCAAGAACUCCAUUGCUGCAAGGAAAGUUCAGAAGGCAGACCGUGAAAAAUUGAGAAGGGAUCGGCUAAAUGAGCAGUUUCUAGAGUUGGGAAAUGCACUGGACCCUGAUAGGCCCAAGAACGAUAAGGCAACAAUCCUAACUGAUACAAGCCAAAUGCUGAAAGAUUUGACUGCCCAAGUCAACAAACUGAAAUCUGAGUAUGCAACACUAUCAGAAGAAUCACGAGAGUUAACCCAAGAAAAAAACGAGCUCAGGGAAGAGAAGGCAUCUAUAAAGUCUGAGAUUGACAACCUUAACGUACAGUAUCAGCAGAGACUUGGGGUAAUGUACCCUUGGGCCACUAUGGAUCCCUCAGUUGUCAUGGCACCACCUUCAUAUCCGUUCCCAGUGCCAGUUCCUGUUCCUCCAGGACCCAUUCCCAUGCACCCAUCUAUGCAGCUGUACCCCUUCUUUAGAAAUCAAAGUCCCGGGGCUGUUCCCAACCCCUGCUCAACUUAUGUUCCAUAUUCAUCGCCUGUUAAUCCUCAAACUGAACACCCAUCCACCCGAUAUGUUUCCCCCCAACAACAGCCUAGCAGUAGGUCUCACACUUCUAGCAAACAUGACUCCAGAAGCAAGUCGCCGGAUCGUCAAAGGGGCAGUAAUGUCGAAAGAAGUGAUGCUUCUAAUGAUGUAGCGACAGAUCUGGAGCUUAAGACACCUGGAUCCACAGCGGACCAGGAGAUUUCAUCUGGAGCAAGGAAAGGCAAGCAGUCGCAGAGGAAAGAAAGCAGUAUUACAGCUGGGAGCUGUUCAAGCAGAUGUUCUUCAUCAAAGGGUGUGCAAGAUAGCUCCUCCAAUAGUGUGGGUAAUGGACUGAAGGUAGAUAACUAAAGAACCUUCAGGUUGCUUCAAGCUUCAGCAUGUUGACCACUGACCUGUCUCAUGACAAUAUUCCCUCAUGUAGCAAAAGAGGAAUCUUUAGAUCAACCUGACCAGAUGGUCUUAAUCUGCCUUGUAACAGAAUGCAGAUGAUUGCUGAAGAAGACAAGGGGAUGUCAUUGAUUAUGAUAAUUUAAUUGUCAAUUUGAUGCAAGAGUCCCCUAAGAG